GUACAAACUCCUGGCAUAUCAAAAUCCUGUAUAAGCUCGAUUUGUCGACGUGAAUCGACUUUUUUCAUUAACUGGGAACGCUUACGGCGAUCUGUAAGCCACUGAAAAUUUAAAAAAAAAUACAUAUUAUCAAGGAUAUCAACGUUUUAAAAAAUAUUGGCACUUACUUCUGGCACAGAUUUGCCAGCGCUUAGGUUGUAUAUUUUCACAUCAUUCACUUCGUUGACAAACAUCUUCUCAUAUUAUAUUAGUGCGCGAAUUUCAACUAUUAAUCAAUAAAAACAAGAAAUAUUUUUAAAUAAUUUGCUUUAAAAGCACGAGCUGCGUUGUGCUAUGCAAAAAUGUAAACACACAGAGAGAGAAACAAUUUGAGUAUUGCACGUGUAAUUGAGCAGCUGUCAAAAAUCUCAAGUAUUCACAAUAUGUUUGAGUUUUUUACUACGGAUUAAUAACAAUGAUUGUACUUAAUAUGUUAAUAAAAAAAAUAGCUUUAGUCAAUAAAAGUCAGAAAUAAAUUUCUGAGAAUUUCAAGAAAAAUAAUUGUAAAUAUAUAAAUGCGAAAUUAUGACAUUCUCCAAUUAAAACCGAUUACUCUUUGAUUUAUGAUCUUUUAUAUCAAAGACAUUGGCAGCCCUAAUAAUGACAAAUUGAAUACAAUACAAAAGAUAGGAAAAACGUAGAAGAUAAACGAUUAUAGAAAAUUGAACAAAUUAUUUGUGUCUGCUGGUUUAAUUUUAUCAAUGUAAAAAUUUGCGAAAAAUGUACAAUAAACUCAUUUGAAAUUAAAAACGUUUAUACGUUUACUUUGUUGAUGCAAUAAAAAGUAAAUACGUCAAAAGCGUUAAAAAUUAACCUCAAGACCAAAGAAAAUUUUUCGAACGGGGAACGCAAUUAGCAAAAAUUUACAAAUACAAAAGUACAAAUUGAGUUAUUCGUCAUCAGUAAUUCCCUUUUAAAAGAUAAAAUUUACGCAUUUGUGAUUUAAGUUAUAUUAAUUAUUAUCAAACCUAAUAACAUAUAAUCAAAAGGACAAAAACAUCACCAAAAAAAGUAAAAUCAUUAAAACAACAACACAGGUGGCGCUUGUCUAUAGGCAGAUUUACCCACAGCAGCGCUAACGCGAAGAGUAUCGUUUAAACAGAGUCGGUGCUACAGCUUAAAAAGGACCCAAAGAUGUCGUCGGCACCUUACAACUACAACUAUAUCUUUAAGUACAUAAUCAUUGGUGAUAUGGGGGUGGGUAAAUCAUGCCUGCUGCAUCAGUUCACAGAGAAAAAAUUCAUGGCGAAUUGUCCACACACAAUUGGCGUGGAGUUCGGCACACGUAUCAUUGAGGUAGAUGAUAAAAAAAUCAAAUUGCAAAUUUGGGACACUGCGGGGCAGGAGCGUUUUCGCGCAGUGACACGUUCAUACUAUCGUGGUGCUGCUGGUGCGCUUAUGGUUUAUGAUAUAACAAGAAGAUCCACUUACAAUCAUCUUAGCAGUUGGCUAACAGACACACGCAAUCUCACAAAUCCGAAUACUGUGAUCUUUUUAAUUGGCAAUAAAUCAGACCUGGAGAGCACACGCGAAGUAACCUAUGAAGAGGCCAAAGAGUUUGCUGAUGAGAAUGGUCUGAUGUUUUUGGAAGCCAGCGCCAUGAGUGGUCAAAAUGUUGAAGAAGCAUUUCUCGAAACUGCACGUAAAAUAUAUCAAAACAUACAAGAGGGUCGGCUCGAUUUGAAUGCUUCCGAAUCGGGUGUACAACAUCGACCUUCACAACCGGGACGAACAUCGCUAACAAACGAAGCACCAAAUACGAAAGAUCAAUGUUCAUGUUAAAUUCGCAUUUUUUUUCAUUCACGUUACUUCCUCUUUUUUGUGUAUUAUUAUAUUUUCCCCACUUUCUAAUGUUAAGUUUAAUUAUAACGAAGCAAAAUGAUGUGUAAAAACAAAACAAUUGCUAUUAUCUAAGUAAAAAAUUAUAUAUACACAUAAAUGAUAAUUAUUACAAAUAUAUAUAUACAUACAUAUAUACAGACGUUUAUAAAUUAGUAAACGUAAUAUCGAACAAUUUGUAGCGAAUUAUAAACAGUUGGCAAUGCUGAGAAUGCAAUGUGAAAAUUAGUAUUGUUUAAAAGAAAAAAAUAUUAAAGCGUGUAUCCGCAUUAUAGAAAACUUCGUGUAUUUCAAUAUACAUACACACAUACUUACAACUGUAUGCGCGUAUAGAAAAAUAAUUAAGAAAUUCCCAAACGCUGUUUUAGCCAAUAUGCAAUUUAAUUGAUUUUGUUUUUUUUUUGUUAUGUGUAGAAACUUUUGGAAUAGAAGUUUUUCUAUAUUUUAAAAUCAUUAGAAUAGUGUGUACAUGCAAAUGAAAUAAUAUCGCAAUAUGCGUAAGUUAGCUGAAACAAAACGAUCGUACUAGAUAUAUUAGUGUGUGAGUUAAAUAAAGUAAUAAAAUCUGCAAUUAAGCAUAAUUCAAUGAUAUUUGAUAUAUACACAUUCGACAUUAUAAAAUAUUGAGUUGAGUCAAAAAUUGCAAAGAAGUUUUUAAAAUUUUAUCGUAAAAAUUAGCUACAAAAAAGCAAAAUGACCUCUUUUAAACAUUUGCGACAAUUCAAAUUUGUAAAAUAUGUUAAUUAAAAUAUACAAUAUGUAUAUACUUAUAAUGUAAUUAACUUGCAGAAAACACAUUUAUGCUCAUUUAACAACAACCCGCGGUUGUUGGCGUGCAUUGUACUAAUUUAAGAGUUAUUAAAAAAAUUACUAAUCAAAUUUGUCUAAGAAAACGCAUUCAGAAAGUUUUUCUCGAAA